AUGACAACACACCAAAAUAGCACCCUCUCCACUGAAGCUUCAGACUUCCUUUUGAAUUGUUUUGUCUGAUCCUCCAUCUGGCAGCACUGGCUGUCCCUGGCCCUCAGCUUCCUCUUCCUCUUGGCCAUAGGGGCCAACGCCACCCUCCUGAUCACCAUCCAGCUGGAGACCUCUCUGCACAAGCCAUUGUACUACCUGCUCAGCCUCCUCUCCCUGCUGGACAUCUUGCUCUGCGUCACUGUCAUCCCCAAGGUCCUGGCCAUCUUCUGGUUUGACCUCAGGCCCAUCAGCUUCCCUGCCUGCUUCCUGCAGAUGUACAUCAUGAAUUGUUUCCAAGCCAUGGAGUCUUGCACAUUCAUGGUCAUGGCUUAUGAUCGUUAUGUUGCCAUCUGCCACCCACUGAGAUAUCCAUCAAUCAUCACUGAUCAAUUUGUAGUCAAGGUUGCCAUGUUUAUUUUGACCAGAAAUGUGCUUAUCACUCUGCCCAUCCCCACCGUCUCAGCACAACUCCGUUAUUGUGGAAGAAAUGUCAUUGAGAACUGCAUCUGUGCCAAUAUGUCUGUUUCCAGACUCUCCUGCGAUGAUGUCACCAUCAAUCACCUUUACCAAUUAGCUGCAGGCUGGACUCUGCUAGGAUCUGACCUCGUCCUUAUCUUCCUCUCCUACACCCUCAUUCUGCGAGCUAUGCUGAGACUCAAGGUGGAGGGGGCUGUGGCAAAGCCCCUAAGCACAUGUGGCUCCCACUUCAUCCUUAUCCUCUUCUUCAGCACCAUCCUUCUGGUUUUUGUCCUCACACAUGUGGCUAAGAAGAAAGUCUCCCCUGAUGUGCCAGUCUUGCUCAAUGUUCUCCACCAUGUCAUUCCUGCAGCCCUUAACCCCAUCGUUUAUGGGGUAAGAACCCAAGAGAUUAAGCAGGGAAUGCAGAGGUUGUUGAAGAAAGGGUGCUAA